CUCCUUCGCAUUCACCGAAUUCAUUCACUCACUCAUUUGCCCAACCUGCAAGCUAAGCGUACGAUACGAUGUAUGAGACGACAAAAAGAGUGGAAAUUGACCGUAUCUUGGUUCUUCAUCAAUCCGCACAAUCGUCAACCGUUUGAUCGACGGAUCGGGCGGCCAGGAGCCCUCCGUUUCACUCACGCUUUCGCAUCCCCAUCACUACCACCGCUUCGAACCAUUCCGCGGGGCUUCUUCCGAAAUUUCCACUUCUCAUCGGCCCCUCUCUGGCCAAGGUACAUUUUUAAUUUGGUGUCUGAAAUUUGGCUGUGUUGAAUGUAUAAUUCAGAGGCAUAGCUGGCUGCUUCAAAUUUUGAACAACUGGCAAGAUGGGUUUAAGUGUGGGCUUGGGGUUGAUGAAACUGGGUAUCUUGAGAUCAGGCACCGAUCAAGUUACCGUAGAUGCCAUUACCUUGUUUGUGACUCUCCUAUGCGCUUGCAUUGUGAUCGGACAUCUUUUUGAAGAAAGCCGAUGGUUUAAUGAGUCAAUUGUUUCCCUUAUCAUUGGCUUGUGCACUGGUGCCAUUAUUCUAGUUACCUCCGGGGGAAAAAGUUCACGCAUCUUGGAAUUUGAUGAACAACUUUUCUUUAUAUACCUACUUCCUCCAAUUAUUUUCAAUGCUGGGUUUCAGAUGAAAAAGAAGCAAUUUUUUAGAAACUUCGUAACUAUCAUGAUGUUUGGUGCUGUUGGUACAUUGGUAUCCUUCACUGUGAUUGCAUAUGGUGCAUCACAAAUAUUUAAAGAAAUGGAUGUUGGUUUCUUGGAGAUGGGAGAUUAUCUUGCAAUUGGAGCAAUCUUAUCAGCCACUGAUUCAGUUUGCACCUUGCAGGUGCUUAAUCAGGAUGAGACCCCUUUGCUCUACAGUUUAGUCUUUGGUGAAGGAGUGGUAAAUGAUGCCACAUCUGUGGUACUCUUCAAUGCAAUCCAGAGAUUUGAUCUGUCUAACAUGAAGUCAGGACUUGCAUUGGAGUUCAUAGGCAAUCUUUCUUCUUUGUUUAUCACAAGCACUUUGCUAGGGGUUUCAAUUGGAUUGCUUAGCGCAUUUAUCAUUGGAAAGUUGUAUUUUGGGAGGCACUCUACGGAUCGUGAAGUUGCCCUCAUGGUUCUCAUGGCUUACCUUUCAUACAUCAUGGCUGAACUUUAUGACUUGAGCGGAAUUCUCACUGUUUUCUUUUGUGGGAUCGUUAUGUCACAUUACACCUGGCAUAAUGUGACUGAAAGGUCAAGAGUAACUACAAAGCAUGGCUUUGCAACUAUGUCAUUCAUCGCGGAGAUUUUCAUCUUUGUGUAUGUUGGUAUGGAUGCUCUGGACAUCGAGAAAUGGAGGUUUGUGAGCAAAAGCCCGGGAAAAUCAAUAGGGUUGAGUUCAGCUCUCCUUGGCCUGGUUCUGGUUGGAAGGGCAACUUUUGUCUUUCCGCUGUCCUUCUUCAUCAACUUAACCAAGAAACAUGACAUUGAGAAAAUUGGUUUUGGGCAGCAGGUUACAAUUUGGUGGGCUGGUCUAAUGCGAGGGGCUGUCUCGAUGGCGCUUGCUUAUAAUAAGUUUACAAGGUCCGGCCACACUCAACUGCCAGGAAAUGCGAUCAUGAUCACCAGCACCAUCACCGUUGUCCUCUUCAGUACUCUGGUGUUUGGCAUGGUGACCAAGCCUCUUAUAAGCCUGCUACAACUCUCAUCGAAACCGGGCAGCAGCAUGAACAUGCCUUGCUCUGAACCAUCGAGUCCAAACUCCUUCAAACUGCCACUUCUGAGUGGGCAUGAGAAUGAACCGGGUCUCGACGGCGGGCAGAAUUCAGCAGCUGACGACACACCUGCGCCAGGCAGUCUGCGGAUGCUCCUGAGCACGCCAAGCCACACCGUGCAUUGGUUCUGGAGAAAGUUCGACAACGCGGUCAUGAGGCCGGUGUUCGGCGGCCGGGGAUUUGUGCCUCGCGCUGCUGCUGCUGCUGCCUCGGCCUCGCCGGAAGAAUGCGGCCGCCUCGAUCUGCUCCGAUAGGCAAAUGCAAGAGACGCUGUUAUGUAUUGGUCUCUGCUCUCUCUAUUAUGUACAUGAGCCCAGCCACCUUAUAAUAGUAUCACUAUGCUUGCUUUAAUAAAUAUAUAGAAACUCUUUGUUUUA